GUGUCUGGGAUCCACAUGUGUAAUCAGUACAGAACAUCAGAUUCCUUGCCAGAGGAUAAAAAGGAGUUUCUGCAAAAUGGACCAGACUUACAUGACUUCAUAGCUGGAGAUUUGUCAGACAAGAGUGCAUGGGCUGAGUAUAAAGGCGAUCUAAAGCGCCAGAAAGGAGAAAGGCUGCGUCUUCCUCCAUGGCUGAAAACAAAGAUUCCCAUGGGAAAGAACUACAAUAAACUGAAGAAUACCUUGAGAAGUUUAAAUCUUCAUACGGUAUGUGAAGAAGCGCGUUGUCCCAACAUUGGAGAAUGCUGGGGAGGUGGUGAAUAUGCCACAGCUACAGCUACCAUUAUGCUGAUGGGUGACUCGUGCACUAGAGGCUGCAGAUUUUGUUCAGUAAAGACAGUGAAAAAUCCACCUGCGCUGGAUCCCAAGGAGCCAUACAACACAGCACAGGCCAUUGCCGAGUGGGGCUUGGACUACGUUGUGCUGACGUCUGUGGACAGAGACGAUUUGCCUGACGGUGGAGCAGAACACUUUGCAAAGACAGUCUCUCACCUGAAAGAAAGGAAUUCAAAAAUCCUGGUGGAAUGCCUAACUCCUGAUUUCCGAGGGGACCUGAAAGCUGUGGCAAAGGUUGCGCUGUCGGGACUGGAUGUGUAUGCCCACAACGUGGAGACAGUGCCAGCACUACAGCG